UGGAUUACCUUGUUUAUUCGUCUAACGUUCAACUACGGUCAACGGAAGAGGCAUACCAACGACCGAUACUGCCGUUGUUGUCACCGCGUCAGUCGCCCAAGUGAUCCAUUGCAGGUUUUUACCUUAACGCUUAGACAUUGAAGUUUGCCUACCAUAGCGACUAACGUACAACAUAGUAGAAGAGCCAUUCGAGGUUAAUUGACUGUUGUUAUUAUGUGGUUUAGUCUGGUCGUUGUCUGUCUGUCCGUGUCCACGUCGACGUUGUCAGUUGGCAGUUUUCACUUGGCGGAUUUGACAUUGGCCUCCAAGCCAUACGCGGUACCCGAAGACAACGCGAACGAAUACCAAAAGUGUCUAACCAAAAAGAAAGUAUUCUACAAGAACAACUGCUGGGAACUGUUGACCAGAGGACCUUGCGGCAAAGGCCAGUGGCUGGUGAUCGACCCCGACGGAUUAGACGACUUCGAACAACCGAUCAAGGCUUUGUGCGUAAGACGCCGGUGUAGCGAAGGGGAUGUUUACUGGCCGCUGGAUGGAUUCUGUCACCAGACGAAGGAGUCUGCGGAUAAGCUCUGUCCUAGUCAUAACACACAACUUGCAAACGAUUACUAUGGCGAAGGAUACUGCAAGUGUACUGGCACCUUAAACGUGCCUUACGUUCGAAUCGACGAUAAAUUGGAUUCAGCUUGCUAUCCCGUUUACACAAGAGGACCUUGUCCCCUUGGAUUUAUAGUGACGGAAACGGACGUGCCCGGGUACGGGAAUUGUACAACGGACGUGUGCCGGUGGCGUUGGACCGAUCAGGCGUCUGAGAGCGCCGUGCCCCAGAUCCCGUGGACAGACGGUCGAUGCUACGAGCCGGACACUAGCGGUCCGUGCGCCAACAACGAAGAGUUCACCGUUCUGCGAGAGACUGGACGGCCGGGUUGCGCCACACGGCUGACCGAGCUAAACCUAUUUUCCAGCAUGCCGGUCCGGUGCAACAUGGACCACACCGGGGAGUGCGUGGACGAGGUGCAAAUCGUUAACACUACUAGAGCAGAGUAUACGGCCCACUUGCUGGCUUCGGCGGUGCGGCACAAACGCACCAAAAAGAGACGGACGUCAUACGGUGUCCGCUAGUGGACGACGACCAGUCAUCCAAGUACUGGCCGUCAGCUUACCUUCCAGACCUUACCUUUUGCGUUACACCGGUGGCAAUGUAUCCGGUGAUCAAUACCUCCGGAACGCGUCUUUACUGCACGGAUAAUGUACACCAGAUUAUCGCGUCUAAAUAACGAUAACAGCAUAAUAUAUAUUAUAUCGUAUAAAAUGUUAUAAGUAAUAAUGUAAUUCUGUGGCUUGGAGCAAGAAGGGCCAAUGUCAAUUUUGUGCUUAAACGAGUUAGUCCGCUAAUUGCAAAAAUUUAAUCAUUCUUUAUAUACUGUGAAAAAAUCACACUCUGAGGCCAAAAAAUUAAUUACUCAUGAAGAGUUUGAUCAAAAAAUUAACAUAGAGCCUAAUGGAAAAUGAAAACUUCAAAGCUCAUUUUCCGAAAGUUGCAAAAAGUGACAUUGGCCCUUCUUGCUCCAAGCCACAGAAUUUAUUUAUGGAGUGUACACCAUUGGCGGAGAUCGCGGGGGGCAUGCGGGGGCUUAGCCCCCUCAAAAAUUAAUUAUUUCCUUUGUUUUUUUUUAACCGCUAUAUUAAAGGAAAAUUUCACAGCAUUGUACAAUAAAAAAUAAGAUAUUGAAGAUUUAAUAAAGAAUAUUACACCACAAGUGUUCCCUAAUUUGUAUAAAAUGCUCCAAAUUGCUUUAACCAAAUUCCUAUUAGCUCUGCUACGUGUGAGAGGAGCUUUUCUGCAAUAAGGAAAAUAAAAUCUUAUUUAAGAACAUCUAUGGAGCAAACCCGAUUUAAUGAACUUUCAAUUUUAUAUAUAGAAAAGGACUAAAACAUUAAACUGUGAAAAUGUUUUAAAUACAUUUGCUAGAAAAUGUAAUAGGAUAAUAAAUGUAUAAUAUUGUUAUAGUAAUUGUGUAAUUAAAUUUCUUGUUGUUAUUAUUGGGGUGGGGGGGGCGAUGCCCUCGCGGGUCUGUUUGCUAUACAUAUAAUUUAAGCCCCUCUAAAUAUUAUAUAGGAUCUCCGCCUAUGGUGUACACGUAAGAUAAGACCUUUUUAUUAAUUAUUUAUUUAUAAAAACAGCUGGUUUUGCGAGAAGUGUUGUUUUGAAUACCUAAUAUGUCGAUGUUAAAUGGUAUAAAUGAUAAAAUAGUAUGUACAUCUAAAAUUGUUUGUUCCUUGCAUCAAUAUACGAAAAACUUGAAAAACA